UUCAAUGUAUUCUUGCCAAAAAAUCUGAGCCUUCGAUGUAAUCGGUUCCGCUGAUGCCGCCAUUUCAAAUCGAAAUACAGGGACAGGGUAUAGAUAAUAUUUUUUUACAUUUUUUAUUUGCAAAUCUUUUUAUAUUUUCUUUUUAUUUAGAGUAAGUAUCUAUAUUUAGUUGUAUUUCUGGACCUCAAUAGUCUUCUAAGAUGGAUGCAGAUACACAGCAGGUGACGGACAACACAGAAACUUCCCAAAAUGCAUCUGAGGAGCCCAUAUCAGAAAACAAAUCCAGGGGUCGUGGUGGGUUCAAAGGGCGUGGCCAGGGGUUCCGGAUUGGUCGAGGAGGCAUGCAUGGUGGACGGGGCCUGAUGAUGAAAGGAUCUGGCCCACCCGAACGAGGCAGGGGGGAUAGAGGACGGGGUGGGGACAUGAAUGGGUUUGGACCCAUGAGGAGAGGGAUGGGGAGGAUGCGGCCGUACCCAGACAUGAGGGGCAGGAGAGGAGGGAGGGUCGCUCUGAUGGGGAGGGCCGGGCCUAUGGGGAGGGGCGGUCUGAUGGGGAGGGGCGGUCUGAUGGGGAGGGGCAGUCUGAUGGGGAGGGGCGGUCCAAUGGGGAGGGGCGGUCCAAUGGGGAGGGGCGGUCCUAUGGGAAGGGGCGGUCCUAUAGGGAGAGGUGGACCUAUAGGGAGAGGCGGACCUAUGGGCAUGGGUCCUCCUCCACCCCCACCCAUGCACCUGAGAGGCCCCUACCCACCAAUGCACAGACACGGCCCCCCACCUCCUCCCCCCCUGGGCCACCCUGGUUUUAGAGGGCACCCCCCACACGCCAGAGGAAGAGGCAUGUCCCCCGGACCCCCACGCCACUUCCACCCCAGGGGCCCCAGAGGCUACCACAAUGGACCAGCUUCUCCUCCUCAUCAUCCCCCACCUGGCAGAGGCCAGAGGUGGCCAGGGCCCCCUGGUGGCCGACGGUUUUAACGCAGCCUGCCCAAAAAUAAUACAGUAACAGAGAGCUUUACAGUCUAUAGCAGCGAGCCUACUGGGCUGGGGUGGCUAAACUGAGCUAAGAGCACCUUAAUAUGUGUCAUAAAAAGAAGACCCCUUUUUAAACAUCCUUAUGGAACACCCUGUAGCCAAAUAUCUGGAUAUUGAAAUCGUAUACCAGAGGAGAAGAUGUGAAUCAACAAGUGGACACUUAAAUGUCUCAGACCUUAACAGUACAAAAAGGCAUUCUCACUUUCAUUGUAACUUUUGUUAUUAGAAAAAAUGUGCUCUUGGUAUUAGGACAAAGUUGUAUAGUAUUGAGAGAAUAAAAAUAUGAUUAAAAAAAGAGUCCCAAAGGGAUGAUAAAUGUUGAUAUUCAAAUCCCUUAGAUGUCAUGUGGUCUUGUGGUGGUCACUCUGUGUACCUUAAGGAAUAUCUGACCCGAAUAAAAAGAGAAAUUACACAUUGUGUGUGAGUGAGAAAGAAAAGAAGGAGAGAAAGAAAGAAAGAAAAAAGAAAGAAAGAAAGAAAGAAAGAAAGAAAUGUGCAACAGCCCUCAAGCACCAGUUACUAGCACUAGUUUCUUACACCUUGGACCUCCCUAACUUUCCCUUUUGUUACAUGGAUAUACUUUUGUAUUACAACUUCACCAAGCAGUACACAACUACAGCAAAAGCUGUUUAGACUCACGUACACAUUCUUAAGUGAAAAGACAAUAUUUUUCAUGUCAAGUAUUCAUGAUUAUUUUACGUGACAUUUUUAUAUGAUUCAUGUGCAGCUAUUUUAAGUUAAUGCAUAUUGCUAUUUGGAACAAUUCAUGUUUGUGUUCAGCAAUCUAUAUUGUGGAAUGACUAAAGAACUUAAAUUAAUAUUAUAUUGAAAUAAUAUAAUAAAUAUAUAGUAUAUAUACUAGCAGCAUUUACAGUAUAUUUGAAAGCAAAUUACGAAACAAGUAAUUGCUUCAGUUUAGUCUAAGAUAUUUACUAUUCAGUGUGUUAAGUUUUGAAGUGUUAUCAUACGUUAUACUUACUGUAACUGACAUAACUUUGUGGAUUUGUGGAUGUACUUUUGGAAAACAGUAACAACUAUGACGUAGUCGUGAAGGACAAAAAUAAACGUAAAACUUAACUGAACUGCUCUUUUUAUUGUUUUUUUAAAGUCCAAGUCUGAGAGUCAACUUGACACAACAUGACUGUAAUUUAAUAAAGAGAAUGGACAACAAUGUUAUUAUACUAUAAAGUUACACAAAGUUACACAGUGGCUACACUGCUGUUGUUAUGGUAAUGGUACCACUCAGACAAUUGCUGAGUUAUCACUGAAACACAAACAGCACAUUAUGAAUGAAUUUUCUUGAAUCAGUUUUAAUGCAAUUUAUAUUUUUGCUGCACACAUACACAUAUAUAAUGCAACACUGAUGCAUACCUUGACAUGAAUGUAAGGUCACAUUGUCAUAUUUGCUAAGAUGAAGUUGGAGGACCAAGAACUCGUAUGGGAAAGUCUUAACUGUAAAAGUGAAAAUGGGUCAGGAGAGUUUGUAAAUGAUCACACAGAAAUAAAAAUAUGUUAUAGUCACGCUGAGGGCUGAAAGCUACAAUAAUGCACACCAUAAAUGACUUGAGAAAGCAGUGCAACUAUGCAGUAAUGUUAUUCCGCAGAGCACUAUAUGCGGUAGAAAUGCCUUUGACACAUGGAACAGUCUGAAUGAGCCAACAAACCCGACCAGGUGAGAUUUGACCAACGGACAUUCCACUCUAGAAAUAUACCGUACUGAAAUGUUUUCUCCGUAUCAAUAACAACUUCCAGACAGAAUUCCAAUGGUAGUCUGUUUAAAAGGAGGACAUUAUCCCCCAUAGGAGUUGUAAUCGGCCAAAUUCACAAUGUAGAACAUGCUUUAGUCUCUACUACCAUAGAUCCCAGAGGAGGACAAGGGAUUGAGUGACACAAGCACAACCCACUGUUCUAUAUAUUUGAUAAACAUUUUACAUAAAAUAUUUGUUCUCUCUUGAUUGUCAUUAGUUAAUCUACCCCAGUCUGUUGCAGUUGCAUGUAAAGGUGCAACACCGACCUCAUACAUACAGUACACUUGAAACUCAAAUGAGAUCAAGCACAGUUUAUUAUCAGCAUAUUGUUAUCUAAUAAACACUGUUUUACUGGUGCCACCCUUCGAGUCAUUAAAGAUGAUAAACACACAGAUAUUACAAAUAAAGUGAAUAAUCCAGUUGUUAUGGAUUUAUGCUGACUUUGUAGUUUUUACAUGAUACAAUGCCUAGAUACAAUGCAGAGGUAAUGCAGACAGUUAGAAAGGUAAUGAAUAUAUGCAAUCAUAUGGAUAGACAUUUAUUAUUAAUGAACAGUACAUACUGCUGACAAAACAAGCAUAUGGCAUUACUUCUGAAAAGCAGAAAAAGUGCAUACUCAAUGAGUCAUGUAGACACAGAGCAGGACUGCACAGCAUCUAAUCCAGUACACACACAACAGUGGAGGCUGCUGAGGGGAGGAUGGCUCAUAAUAAUGUCUGGAAUGGAGCGGAUGGAAUGGCACCAUGCACAUGGAAACCAUGGAAACCAUGUGUUUGUUGUAUUUAAUAACAUUCCACUAAUUCUGCUCCAGCCAUUACCACGAGCCUGUCCUCCCCAGUUAAGGUGCCACCAACCUGUGACACACACUGCUUCAGAAAAAAACAGUAGGCAGGUGUUGCACCUUUCCCCCUCUGUACAUCUCUAUCUCCUUCCUAUGAACCAGUGCUUCCCUGCUGCCCUCUCUCCCAGUCUUCCAUUGGAAUCCCCUCUGCUUUUAACAGUGAUGAUGACAGACUGACUGUUGUUGUCUCCAGAUUGGGGAUUCAGCAGACCCCAAGAAUCCCCCCCCCCUCUAAAUUUGGACUCCUGGUGUCCAAAUCCCUCCCCUCCCACCCUUUGAAUCUUGGAGAUUGUCUUUUACAGGAUGGAAAUGGAGAGAAAGUCUGGAAACCGUGGUCAAUCUACAUUCUUUUGAAGCAGGUGAGGCAGAAAGGAAAAGGGAGAACAUUGCCUAUUGUUUCUGUUGUCUUUAGAUUUAUUUUGUAAUACAGUAAUGAAUUGCCUUUUUUAGGUACAACGCUAUGGUAUAUCUUACAUCCAAACAUGAAUGUACAUAAAGGACACUGAAGCACACAAAGAGCCAUAAACUAAGGUAUGUUUUUAGUCAAUUUGAUAAUUAGGGUAAUAAUGAUUACCAUAUGUAAAUUACAGGGAUUAAGUGGGUUUCGUUAAGUGUUGAUUGUUACAUUCAGUCAAUGGGGGAGUCGAUUAAUCGCGGCCGUGUUGGCAUGUUUAGCAUCGGCUGAAAGAUGAUUUCAUGGGAUUAGUAACUGGCUGCCUCCCGGGUGUGAGCCAGGUGCCCUGUUCAAAACCCACGGCGCAAUCGGCUCGAAACUUCGUGACGUAAUUAAUCACGUGUAGUAAUUAGUAGAAUCCUGGGAUUUCCCAUGCUAAAGUGAUCGUUUUGGAUAAAAAAUAUUUAUCUGCCAUCCCAAUGAAAAAUAGUUAGAAAAUUCAAACAUUUAUUUUAUGGAAAAUAUGUAUGUUUCUGGACGAUGCACCAUGCUGCCUUGUUGACAAAAUGACCGAGCGGCACAGAUUAUUGUUCGAUUUGAGAAUGGCGCUCCUCCCUCACGGCUUUCGCUCGAUGACGUGACAGGCCAUUACCCGGUGCCCUGCGGCUCAGCAUAAUCGUAAUGACCCAAUCGUCUAUAGAUUAUUUAAAGGCCCAAAGCAGACGUUUUUAUGUCAAUGUUAAAUUAUUUCUGGGUAACAAUUAAGUACCUUACUGUAAUAGAUUUCCAUUCAAAUUGACAAAAAUAGCUUUUUAGCAAAAACUAUUUCUCAAGCAAGAAUUUUGCAAGGACUGUCUGGGAGUGGGGAUGGGAAAUUUAAAACUAGCUGUUAUUGGAAGAGCUUUGGAACUCACUUUGUUAUUGGUCAAGUGGCAAUAUGUAACUUUUUGGGCGAUUACACAAAUUCACAUAGAAAUGUGAGUUAUAAAUCUAUCAUUCUACUUGAAAGUCCAAGAAGCGGUAGAACUGUUGUUCUAUGUGAGCUAUUUCUAUCCUUCCCGUUCUUAAAUGUUGUUUUUGUGUCUUUUACUUUUGGUUUUGUACAUGAGUUUAAAACAGCUGAAACAAUAUUUUUAGUUUUGGAAAGUAUAUUCACAGCGGUUUAGAUUAUACUAUCUUUUACUACAUUUAACAAAAUAUAAACGCAACAUGUAAAGUGUUGGUCCCAUGUUUCAUGAGCUGAAAUAAAAGAUCCCAGAAAUGUGCAAUACACAAAAAAAAUCUUAUUUUUCUCAAAUGUUAUGUACAAAUGUGUUUACAUCUCUGUUAGUGAGCAUUUCUCCUAAGCGAGGAUAAUCCAUCCACCUCAUCAUUACACAGGUGCACCUUGUGCUGGGGACAAUAAAAUGCCACGCUAAAAUAUGCAGUUUUGUCACAACACAAUGCCACAGAUGUCUCAAGUUGAGGGAGCAUGAAAUUAGCAUGUUGACUGCAGGAAUGUCCACCAGAGCUGUUGCUAGAGAAUUGAAUGUUAAUUUCUCUAUCAUAAGCCGCCUCCAGCAUCAUUGUAGAGAAUUUGGCAUUACAUCCAACCGGCUUCACAACUGCAGAUGACGUGUAUGAAAUCAUGUGGGUGACCGGUUUGCUGAUGUCAACGUUGUGAACUGAGUGCCCCAUGGUGGCAGUGGGGUUAUUGUAUGGACCUGCAUAAGCUAUGGACAACGAACACAAUUGCAUUUUAUCGAUGGCAAUUUGAAUGCACAGAGGUACUGUGACAAGAUCCAGAGGCCUAUUGUCAUGCCAUUCAUCUGCUGCCAUCACCUCAUGCUUCAGCAUGGUAAUGCACAGCCCCAUGUCGCAAGGAUCUGCACCCAAUUCCUGGCCUGCAUAUUCACAAGACAUGUUUGAGCAUGUUUGGGAUGCUCUGGAUCUAUGUGUACGACAGCGUGUUCCAGAUUCCGCCAAUAUCCAGCAACUUCGCAUAGCCAUUGAAGUGGGAAAACAUUCCACAGGCCACAAUCAACAGCCUGAUCAACUCUAUGCAAAGGAAAUGUGUCGCACUGCAUGAGGCAAAUGGUCUGACUAGUUUUCCGACCAACAGAUGUAUAUUUAUAUUCUCAGUCGUGAAAUCCAUAGAUUAGGGCCUAAUGAAUUUAUUUCAAUUAAUUGAUUUCCUCAUAUGAACUGUAACUAAGUAAAAUAUUUGAAAUAAUUGAAUGUUGCGUUUAUACUUUUGUUCAGUACAAAGCCUUAGGAAAGUAUUCAGACCCCUUGACUUUUUCCACAUUUUAUUACUUUACUGCUGUAUUCUAAAAUGGAUCAAAUAUUUUUUUCCCUCCUCAAUCUACACACAAUUCCCCAUAAUUCCAAAGUGAAAACAGGUGUAUAGAAAUGUUUGUAGAUUUAUUACAAAUCAAAACAGAAAUACCUGAUUUACACAAGUAUUCAGACCCUUUGCUAUGAGACUCAAAAUUGAGCUCAGGUGUAUCCUGUUUCCAUUGAUCAUCCUUGAGAUGUUGCUACAACUUGAUAGGAGUCCACCUGUGGUAAAUUCAAUUGAUUGGACAUGAUUUGGAAAGGUCUGAAUGCCAAGCUUCGCGUCUAGAGGAAACAUGGCACCAUCCCUACAGUGAAGCAUGGUGGUGGCAGCAUCAUGCUGUGGGGAUGUUGUUCAGCGGCAGGGUCUGGGAGACUAGUCAGGAUCGGAGGAAAGUACAGAGAGAUCCUUGAUGAAAAUCUGCUCCAGAGCGCUCAGGACCUCAGACUGGGGCGAAGGGUCACCUUCCAACAGGACAACAACCCUAAGCACACAGCCAAGACAAUGCAGGAGCGGCUUCAGGACAAGUCUCUGAAUGUCCUUGAGUGGCCCAGCCAGAGUCCAGACUUGAACCCGAUUGAACAUCUCUGUAGAGACUUGAAAAUAGUUGUUCAGCAACGCUCCCCAUCCAACCUGAGAGCUUGAGAGGAUCUGCAGAGAUUGGGAGAAACUCCCCAAAUACAGGUGUGCAAAGUUUGUAACGUCAUAUACUCUAAAAAAUAAAAUGUUCCUGGAGUAUCCUUUCAAGGGUUCUUCAAAUUGAAACUGUGGAGGGAACCACUAAGUUCUUCGAAGAACCCUUUUUAAAUGGUUCUUCAAAAUAACCUUUUGAAGUACCCUUUUGGGUACAUUUUUGAACUCCCUCUUCCCCUAUUAUUCAUACUAAUGCACAUAAUAAUAAUACAAUAUUUCAGUUGUCAGUGUUUAUUGAUAUUUUAGAGGCAAAGCAGAACUUAAAAAUCCAAAAGUGAGGUAAACGCCCAGCCGAGCCCCAAGUCCAAUGGGUAUGUCCUCUGGCGUGUUGAUGUUAAUGUGUUGAUGUUCUCCGUAUCCACCCAGAUUUUGCAGUGCAUGGUGAUCGAACAGGUUUCCUGUUAUAUUCACCAGAGUUGUAGGGAGGGUGAAGUGUGUGAAUCCAAAAAAUUGCAAUUAUACAGAUUUUUUUUUUAAUGUGCACAUGGCAGUAUUCAUACCUUUGGUUUUUGUGGUAAAUGUGAAUCUAAAAAUAACUUUUCACUUUUGAUGUUUUUUAUACAAAUACCUUGUAAAUAAUGUAGAGGCCUCUGGGAUUUCCAUUGAAGAGAUAAGGGAGGCUGCUGUGACCAAGUCCUAUCUGGUUUUAGAGAAAACAACAUUAAGUGUAGAUGAUACAUGUGAUCUGCAAAACAUACCAAUACCUUUGUGUGCCUCCUGGUCUGUAUACCUGCAGACUCAGACACAUACAAAAGUGAGCAGUUCAGUCAUCUGCACCCAAUGCAGCUAUAGCCUUUAAUAUAUUCUUACCUCGUUGUUGAUUGAUAUCCAUUGAAUUGUGUCCAUUUUCUGUUUUAGAAAAUGGACAGUGUCAAACACUGCCAUUUGUCCAAAUAUGAAAAGAUAGAUGGUAUGAUCAUAAAACAAUAUCAAUUUAGAUCAUUCAAGGGAGAAGCCUUACCUUACAUUGAGGAGAUCUUAAAAUUGUUCAGUUAAGUGCCUGCACCUGCUGUCAUCUCAAAUCCAAAUGUUUGAGUUGGGCAGCUUGUUGGUGGGUGUUCUUGCAGGAACCUAAGUUGGUUCCUCAAUGAACCCCACCUCCUUUCGGGUUCUUGAAGAACAUUUUGGGGGUAUUUUUCAGAGCCAAUAACCCUAAGAUUCUUCAAGGAACAUUAAGGGUCUUAGAAGAACCCUUGAUGUAGCCCUAAUUUUUAGUGUACCCAAGAAGACUCUUGGCUGUAAUCGCUGCGGAAGGUGCUUCAACAAAGCACUGAGGUGAGGGUCUGAAUACUUCCGUAAAUGUUUUUUUUUAAAUGAUACAUUUGCUAAUUUCUAUAAACCUGUUUUUUGCUUUGUCAUUAUGGGGUAGUGUGUAAAUGGAUGAGGGAAAAAAAAAAUUAAUACAUUUUAGAGUAAGGCAGUAACAUAAAAGGUGGAAAAAGUCAAGGGGUCUGAAUACUUUCAGAAUGCACUGUAUAGGAGUUUUAGCAACCAGGAAAUGGCAGAUUGGUUAAAGUUGCAUUAUGUAGAAAUCAAUUUACUGCAUGGUGAUGUCACCAUGGAAAGCCCAAUCCUCCGCCAAUGCAAACCUGCUGAUUAGAAGGUCCUGUGUAGAUUGUAUUUUCGACCAGCAACUAUCAGGAAAUAACACAGAUCACAUUUUUACAGUGUUAGUUUCAAAACACAAGAAAAACUGAAUUUCGACUGCACUGGGCAUUUAAUAGAUUACCACCAGGCUAUAGCCUAUGUCAGUACAAAUUAUCAAUAUGGCACUGAAAUAUAAAAUAUACAUUCUUGACAUAAGGACAGCAGAAAUUACCUUAACAUUGCCUGAGUCAACUGCAGCAAAGACUUUAAAGCGACCCAAGCUUCCUCACGCAUCUCCACCCAAGGUUGAGAUGACUCAGAGGCUUAAUAUGAUUAAUGUCUGAGCGUUGUCUUCUUACGUAUGACUCAUCUGGAUCCAGGGGGAGGGUCCGGAUCAGAGGUUUUUAUGUAGAGCAGCCAGAGGAAGUGACCAUGUUGAUUAAAUGAAGGGAAUUUUACUAGGACAACUGCUUAUAUAACAUGAAGCACAGGCCUUUCAUUUGGUCAGACUAAGGAAAGGAUCCAAAAUUCAUAGUCAGUAGCCAUUGUGGUGAGUAUGUUAAAAAUAUAUAUUCUAAUGCAAUCAUUUCCAGUUUUGCCUUUUGUGUAUUGCCGUACUUCAAUAAACAUCUCAAUUAA